AUGGCAUCUCACAACAGCAAGAAGCACCCGCGCGCAGACGCUCAGUCGGAAGAAGACUAUAACCAAGUGAAGAAUGCGCUGAAACAUCCAAGCACCAAGCGGGCGAAGCAGAUCGAUUCUGACACUCCAUUUGACCAACUCGAAGAGUUGCUCGUGAAGACGCGCAAGGAUGUGAAGACGCGCAAUGUGUUGCAUUGGUUCCGCUCCAAAGAUCUCCGUCAGGAAGAUAACCGAGGCUUGCAUGCUGCGUCGCAGAAGGCGAAGAAGAGCAAAAGCAACCUCAUAACCAUGUAUCUCUUUACCCCGAAAGAUAUGGAGUGGCACGGCACCAGCCCAGCGCGCUCUGACUUUAUCCUGCGGAAUCUGCGCAUACUGAAGGAGCAGCUAGAGCAGAAAAACAUUCCGCUCGCCAUUAUAACGGCAGAGGAGCGAGGCAACAAGACGGAGAAGGUCAUGCAAUUCGUGAAGGAGAAUGACGUCUCGCACAUCUAUGCAGAUAUGGAGUACGAGGUUGAUGAGCUGCGGCGCGACAUCGAUCUAGGGAAGAAGGUGCUGGACGAAAGUGAUGUCUCACUGGACGUAUUGCAUGAUCAGACGGUCGUGAUCCCUGGCACUUUGACCACUGGCUCCGGCGGGCCACAUAAGGUGUUUACACCAUAUCACAAGGCCUGGCUCGCAGAGACCAAACAGAACGCGGAGUUGCUUGACCUCGUACCGCCACCGGAAGCGAAUGACACGGAUGUAGCGAAGCAGUUCGAGAAGCUUUUCAGCUCCAGUAUUCCGGAGCUUCCCGAAAGCAAACAAUACGCUUCGAAGGAAGAGCAGGACCGCUUGCGUGAACUUUGGCCAGCAGGCAACGACGCAGGCAUGAAGCGUCUGGACCACUUUCUCAAUGACAAGAUCGAAGACUACAAAGCCCACCGUUCGGAGCCAGCAAAAGACGCGACCAGCCGCAUGUCAGCAUAUCAUAAUUCCGGCAUUGUGAGCAUGCGAGCGGUACUUGCAAAGACGAAACAGUUCAACGGAGGCAAGCACUUCGAUGAAGGUGAUGUUGGCGUUGCUGCUUGGGUCCGCGAGAUCGUGUUUCGAGAAUUUUACCGCCAGUUAACCAUAAUCACGCCGCACACUACGAUGAACCUGCCACAGAACCUCAAGUUCGAUUUCGUGCAAUGGGAGGACGACGUUGACGGCUGGAAGAAAUGGUGCGAAGGCAGGACGGGCGUGCCGUUUGUCGAUGCAGGAAUGCGGCAGAUCAACACGGAGGCGUACAUGCACAACCGGCUACGGAUGAACGUUGCGUCGUAUCUUCGCGCGAACAUGCUUAUUGAUUAUCGGUUGGGAGAGCGGUACUUUGCCGAGCACCUGGUCGACUGGGAUCUGAACAAUAACACGCAGGGCUGGGAGCCGUCGUAUACCAUCUUCAACCCAGUAACGCAAGCGCAGAAGUGCGACCCUCAUGGCGACUACAUUCGGAAAUGGGUGCCUGAGCUGGCGGGGUUGAAAGGCAAGGAGAUCUUUGCGCCGCAUGAACGCUUGAGCAAGGAGGAUUUUGAGAAGCUUGGGUAUCCGUACCCGCACGUUGACUACGCACAGUCGGCGCAAAGAGCGAAGCAGCGGUAUAAGCAGGAUCUCGCGAACGCGGACCCUUAA